AUUCAUGGGUUUCACUGAUGUCACGAUUUUCCGACCACCGCCAUCUUUAGGACCUAGCGCCAUCAACUGUUCACAAGGAAAAAUGGCAAUCGUGCAUCUCUCUGCUAAAGAAAAAGAACGCUAUUUGAAAAAAAUCGGUAUUUUAGGCUUUGAUCCAUAUCAUAUAUCAAAUGAAUUGCUGAAUCCUCUGAAAUCUGCCCAACAUUUGCCAAAUUUGUCUUUUGCCGACAUCUACAUAUAUCUCAUUCACAAUCCAUCCCCCUACACCGGCGAAUCCCUUAAGGCAUACAAGAGUACCGACGCCUACCGCCACUUCACUUCAGGAUGGGUAACUGAGGCUAAACUUCAUCACCUGGAGGAGAAAAAUCUUUUCUUGAUCACAGGAAAGGUGAAACAUUCACAGAGUCUGACUUUGACCCCCACACACCCCUGGAUCACAGUGCAGGAAGAUGGGACUGUUGUUAUGGCUCACUGCACCUGUAAAGCAGGCUUGGGAGAGGUGUGCUCUCAUGCGGCAGCCCUCAUGUAUGCCGUCGUGGCUGCUGUUGAGAUCAGAAACGGUCAGGCUUGCACGCAGAAGCCCUGUGCUUGGACUCGGCCGAGUAGGGCAUCUGUUAAGGGUGUUCCAUUUGAAGAGCUACGCAACAUCAGCUUUUCUCAUAAGGAGCCCCGCCAGACUCAAGCUCCUGGUACGGACAUCACACCAUCAGAUGAAGAGUGCCAGAGAUUUCUUGAGAUGCUUCAUGACAGCGAGAAGCAGGAGUCCAAGCCCAAAGAAAGUGCCAUCCUCUCUGUUUCAGACCGCCACUCCUACAGGUUCAUCCCAAAGGUGAUGCAGCUGGACCUGCCCAUUCCUCUAUCAAACUUGUACUCAAGCUAUUAUCAAACUUGUUUUUAUAUUUUGGAUGAUGUGGGUAAAAUUAAAUUCUCUAUCAAAUAA